GGCAAAAGAAAGAGGUUAUGUUUACGUGAACGAGUGCGACGAUCAAGCUAAAUAUUUUCCUCUUUUUUUGAAGUAAAUAUCGCAAUUAUUCAAGAACUUUUAAAUGAUUGUAAGUGCAGAAAUGGAGGAUUGCAGUAUUCGCUACAGAGAAGUUAUACCAAAUCAGUCUGUGGAGGAGAAAUGGAAGGAAAUAACAUUGACCUUUGGCGGAACUCAGAGUACACUCCAAGAUAUCAGGAUUGCUGAGAAAGCAGGUGGAUUUUGCUAUGCGGAUAAAUCCAAUUUGCAGAGCCGCAACAGAUAUAUUUAUUGGCGUACAUCUCACGAUAUCCUGGAAUUGUCUGAAGUGAGUUUAGACUUGGACUUGGUGGACAAUAAUGUUCGCUAUAAAUUUUCCGAAUCACGCAUUUUGGCUGUAUCAGUUUGUGAACUAGUGGAUUUUAUUGUGAUUCUCGUGGCAACGGUGGGCAGUGUACACCGACUGUACUACCCACAUCCUAACCAAUUGCAUAAAUCCACCGUAUUGGAUACGAAAUGUAUGUCAAUCUUCAAAGAGGCAUCCGUGACACAUGCCAGAGAUCCACUAACUUUCCACAUGAUUGGGUCGGCGACAUCCACAAAUCAGCCCAUUGCCCAUGCCGCUGCUUGUGGGAUGAAUGAAGAUGGGUCAGAAGCAUAUUUUGCUUUAGCUAGGCAAAAUACCUUAACACUCUUCACAAUGAACUGCUCCAAUGGGCACACAGUUUCAAUGGAGCUCCGGCAGACCAAUAUGGUGCCGCGAAUAUUAUCCAAUUUCACCGGAGUUUUACGUGGCAAAAACAGUUCAAACAACAACUACGUCAACUCUCUCAUCUUCUACACAAUUGCUGAUGUUACCUACCUCUUUGCGCUGUACAGAGACAAUUUUCUACGAAUGUGGUCUCUAGGCAGUGGACAGUGCGUAGCAACGAUAAAUUGCCAUGAAGAUAGCACCGAAACAAAGUUGCAGAAUCCCCAAAAUAGUACACUACGCUGCGGCAAAUCCAACACAAUUUGUGCUUUCCUAAGCUACGCUUCCGGGUGUGAAUUUGUCAUUAUUAACGUAGCUCCUGAUCCAAUUGGUGGAUCCAAUCAUACGCUCAAUCUUGUGAAUAUAAUUCUAGCUCCUAGCUACGAUUUGAUUGAGUAUCAGCUAACGGAGAAUCGUAUUUGGGGGCUUUUCUGCAACUCCGAAGGAGAGUACAAAGUUUCCAGUGUGAGCCUCGUUCCCGGAAGCGGUGUUAACUGGAUAUCAGCGGCAUUGCAACCUCUUCCGGAUCGCUUUACUGCACAACAGAUUGAGAUAACAAAGGACCCACGGCAGGCUUACUGCUCCUACAUCUUCCAACCGGGUCGCUUCCAAAAAAGCGUCAUCGCCAAGGCACUCGUCAUGUUUCGCCGCUCAAAUAUUCUGCCUGACAACAACUAUCCCAUAAGCAUCCUCAAAGAUCGUGUAUGCCAUGCAGUCGCUACUGAUAUUGAGAAUGAGAUUCGUGGUUUGGACUUGCCCGAUGAGGAGUACAUUGAAAUUUGUGUGUACUUCUGGGAUAAAUUCUACUCAUGUUGCGAACAGUAUCACAUGAAGGCUUGCCAACCAAUUGGGCUGAUUCCACUGCAACUGGAAUCCUUGGACACGGUGUGCAUCGUGAAGAAAAAUAUGUUUUCAUUACUUCGACGAUGUGAACUACUUGAACAUUGCAUGCUGUCCGGGAGGCAAGUGGACACCGAAGAAGGUAGUCAACUUCCGCGGGAGCUUGAGGAAAACUCCGCGAAAAUGGAUGGUCUUGUAAAGUUGGUGGCAAUCCUUGCGGAGAUUGAGCAUCAAAUCCCAGAUGAUGAUAAACUGGACAUUGAUCGACGACUCUAUCAGCUUCAGAUGCCCAUCAAUAUUGUCUACAAUCUCGUGAGGGAAAUGCUUGCUGGGGAAUAUGACAAAACUCCCCUAACACGUGCCUUCCUCACACAAAUUCGCCAACAAGCGCUCAAUAUUAAAGACGUCCCUGAAGCCAUGCACGCACUACUUGAAGCACUUCGAUUGGAUUUUGCACCUCAGGAUGAAAUGUCGAGAUAUUCGGGGCAGAAUGAGCACAUAAAGAACCUCUUUGCCAGCCAAUUUGGCAUUUCCAUUGUGGCUGAAUCCCUUGAGCAAAUCGCUACAAUUCGAUAUGUUUUGUGCCGAAAUCUCCUUAUUCUUCAGCACAUUUUCAUCGACACCAACGCCCUGCCGAGUGAUGUCCUCGAAAAUGUUCGAUCGCACCAGAUGCCGGAAACGGAAGUUUUUGUACAAGCCUACUUUGUAAUUGUGUGGAUUUGCAAAAGUUCAGCUGAUCCCGGAUACGUGAAUAGUGCUCUCGAUAGUAGCAUCAGUCGUCUCAACAGCCUCCAACUGUCUGAUGCGCGGCAAUUUAUGCUCAAAACAACCGAACCCUGUUCCCUCCUGGAGCUCUUUCUCAAGAAUAGGGGAUGGCAUAUGAUGCUGCAGCAUUACAUGUCGGGAAAUUUUCGAACACCCAUAAAUGAGUCGCAGACAGAGACAACUCUGCUUUCAUUGGCAACGAUUGUGGGUCAAUUAGUUUGGCCAGUGUCGGGAAAUUUUGCAUUCGGUGCGUGGUUAAUUGGUAGCUGCCAACAAAUUCAUAUUCAGGACUAUGUGCGACUUCUAAAUGGCUGGUGUGAGUGGAACAACUGCUCAAGGCAAUUUAUCCUGGCUGUUUCAAUGCUGGACAGUGGAGAGGUGGAGAAGGCAUAUGAUCUCUUCAUACAGGCAUCACGUGGUGUCUACACGGAGCCCUUCCUUAUGGAGAAGAUCAUUGGGCAAGAUAUGGAAGGAGAACUGACCACGGGUGAAGCGAUUGUUAUGUAUUACCUGAAGGUAAUUCGUCUUUUUGAGCAGUACAAUGCCCUACAGUGCGUCAUACGACUUGCACAGAGUGCCAUUCAACUCUUGGUGCCAAAACAUCCGCAACUGGCCAUGUUCCAAUCGAUCAUGUUCACCAAUCAUUUGGCUCUCGAUCACUACGAGGAAGCUUACCAUUCACUCAUUUCCAAUGUAGAGCCUUCCCGCCGAAAGGACUACCUGAGAGAGUUGGUGAUGUGUUUAUUUCAGAAGAAGCGCCUGGAUUUGCUAAUGCGAUUCCCAUACAUUGGGCUACAGGAUGAAUUGGAGAGUAUUAUAGAGACAAGGGCACGAUCAAUGCCAAUUGAGGACAAUAUUCACUACAACUUCCUCUAUGCCUUCUUCAUUACAAAGGAUAAUAUGCGUAAGGCUGCAGCAGUUAUGUAUGAGCAGGCAAUGAGAUUUGGGUACGAAAGUAAUUCUCUCGAUGCCAUGCAGUAUCGCUACGAUUGCCUUCUAGCGUGCGUAAAUGCCCUACAUUUGGUUGAUAAACAAUACGCAUGGAUUGCAAAGCCAGUUAGUAGCAAAGAGGAUGGGUGUCUUGUGGAUAAGGUGGUUGUACUCGAGAUUGAAGAUAUUCGACGGGAAUUACACUACAUCGAGGCAUCGAUCAUUCUAUCCAGACAUCGACGCGAAUUGAGUUCAGUCCUCAAGGUGGGUGCUGAUGAAUUAGUUGCCCUACUGUCAACAUCUCGACUCUUCACUGCUGCCAUCAAGCUUGCAAGAACGUAUAAAAUCACACCGACAGUUGUUGUGGAGAAUCUCGCAUCAGCAUGCGUACAUGCUUCUUCGGAACAGAGCAAUGAAGUGUGGCAGUGGCUACAGGAGAAUGAUCUUGCGGAUUUACCACUAAAGAACUCUCCCGUUGCCGUAGCGUGGAAUCUUUUGGAGAAGCUUGUCAUGGAGAAUGAGGUGACUGGAACGACAAUCAUUCGACGAUGCGUUGCAAAGAGAAUUCUCCAUCUUGGAACAUUUCUGCCCUACUGGCUAUUCCUUUCGUACAAGAAAGCAAAUCCAAGUGAACUUCUGCAUCUCUUUAUUGUCCAUGGACAUCUUGUGGAAGCAACGGACUUUGCCACAUCAUACCUCGCUGCUAUGCUGGGAAAUAAUUAUGAGGCAUUUGGCCUGAGGAAUUCCCUUCUACCCAAUGAGGCAGCUCUGUGUCUCCCUGUACACGAUCUUGAUCUCCUACUACACGCCCUCAAGUUGAAUUUUGACUACGACACCGCAUACGAGGAAGCCCAUAAGAAGUUGACUGAUUGUGUUGAUGAAUACCUCACGGCAGUGGACAAGGUGUCCGUGAGUAAAGUUCAGUACGAACUGCAAAAAUGCUAAUUUUCUCUCAAUUUCAAUUGGAAACAUUUAAUAAAUAUUUUUCAUUGUCAA